GUCCGGCGGCCACCUGCAGCUGAUGCGGCCGCUGGUGCCCUGACUGGCGGGGCCGGGGAGCAUCAUGAUGCCCCUGCCCGGGUCCCUGGUGGCCAGCCUACUACGGUUUUUGUUCCUGGGGCUGAGCGCUGUCGCUCAGGCCAAGCUGACGAUCCACGGGCCCGCCGAGUUCACACAGCUGCAGGCGGUGGAGGGCGGGGAGGUGGUGCUGCCCGCCUCCUACUCUCUGGACGGGGUCGUGUCUGUGCUCCACCCUGGGGAGAUGCCGGUCGUGAUCUGGUUCAAGGAGCAGGAAGGGAGACAUCUGAGCCAGGUGCUGGCCUACAUCAAUGGGGCUGUGUCCAGCAAACCGAGGGUGUCCCUGGCCCACACCAUGCCUUCCCGAAAUGUGUCCUUGCGGCUGCGGGACCUCCGGGAGGAGGAUUCUGGCUCCUACGUGUGCACCGUGAAUGUGGGAGACACUGCCGGCUCCAACUUGGCCCACAGCAGCAAAACCCUGGAGCUGACCGUGCUAGUUCCUCCAGCGCCUCCGUCCUGCCACCUCAUGGGCAUGCCCCAUGUGGGUGGCAAUGUGACCCUGAGCUGCCAGUCCCCGAGGAGUAAGCCUACUGCCAAGUACCGGUGGAUGCAGCUGCCCCCGUUCAAACAGGUUUUCUACUCACCGGUUUUAGAUGAGAUUCAAGGCUCCUUAAGUCUCACCAACCUCUCGGCUACCAGGUCUGGAGUGUAUGUCUGCACGGCCCGCAAUGAGGUGGGCAGUGCUCAGUGCAACGUCACCCUGGCGGUGAGCACAGGGCCCGGGGCUUCUGUGGUGGCCGGCGCAGUCGUGGGCACACUGGUCGGGCUUGGGCUGCUGGCUGGGCUAGUCCUCCUGUACCAACGCAGCGGCAAGGCCCUGGAGGAGCCGGCCAAUGACAUCAAGGAGGAUGCCGUCGCUCCCCGGACCCUGCCCUGGCCCAAGGGCUCAGACACAGUCUCCAAGAAUGGGACUCUGUCCUCGGUCACCUCAGCACGUGCCCUCCGGCCCCCCCCUGGUCCUCUCAGGCCUGGUGCCCUGACCCCCACACCCAGUCUUUCCAGCCAGGCCCUUCCUUCACCACGACCGUCCAGGACAAAUGGGGCCCACCCGCGGCCAGCGUCCCCGGGCCCCGGUGGGGUGUCCCCCUCUGCCCUGAGCCGCAUGGGUGCUACGCCCCUGAUGGUUCCCGCCCAGAGCCAGGCUGGGUCUCUGGUGUGAGGUCUGGCCACGUACUGGCCCAACCAGGUGGCCUGCAACGGUCACCCGCACAGGGCUGAGUCCUGCCCCAGCCACUCUGCCCUCCAGUCCUCUGCCCCACAUGUCACUCUGGGAAGACUCAGGAAGACCUAACUGUCCAGGAGCCGAAGGAGGGGCUGAGAUGCGGAGGGGUGCCACCUCUGCUACUCCCCGGGAAGCAGCCAGUUGUCCCCCGGGUGCCUCGGGGUGACCUGUACCACCUCCUCCUGCGUCAACACACCUGCCCUGCUGGCUUGGUUGGGUCUGCUGGGGCAGGAGAUAAGGAAGAUAGUUUAAAACUAACGUGAAGUACGUGUUUUUGUCCUCAUUUUACAAAUGCCAAUAAAUAUGCAUUGUGUUUAUAUGGAACAAGAAUUAAACCUUUUCAAACAA